CCAUCCACCACAUCCCUGAAAACCUGCGACCAAGUCCGCGCCGAAAUUCGCGCGUUCAUCGCCUCUGGGGCCAUGAAACCCGCCGACUUCCAGCGCGCCAUUGGUGUGUCGGUCCGCUCGUAUACCGAGUUUUUGAACCAGCAGGGCGAGAGGAAGGGGGCGAGGUCGGCGACGUUUCUUGCGGCGAGGGGGUUUUUUGGUGUUCCUGUUCCUGUUCCUGUUCCUGUUCCUGCUGCUGUUCCUGCUGCUGUGUCUGCUGCCCCUGCUACUGCCCCCCCAGCGAAGAGAGCCAAGAAGAACACUGCCGCCGCCGCCGGGCCAAACUUCGACGUAUCCGAGAUCCACCUGGACGGGGAGGAGACGAUGCAGGUGCCGGUAUUCGACACGUGCGACGUGGUGCGGCGGAAGAUCAAGGCGCAUAUACGCAAGCAGGGGGUCACGCAGGCCCGGUUCCUUCGGGAAAUAGCCCGAGCGGCGAUCCCCGAGACGGGGAAGAAACUGAAGUCGAAGUCGCUGGCGGAUUUCCUGUCGUACAAGGGCCCGACGACCGGCAGUGGGGGGAUGACUUUCUACGCGGCGUACGUGUUCUUCGAGAAGCUGAGGGUGCGGGAUGGAAAGCCCAAGAAUGACUUCCGGCUGGAGAUGGAGAAGGUCUGGCCGCGGGGCUUUGAGAGGGAAACCAAUGCGGCUAAUGGCCGUAUGUUUUGUGGGCCGGGGGAGAUGCCGAUUGUUGAUAGGUAUGGGCGGGUG